AGGCUUUUCGUCUGUAAAAUGUGGGCACAUAUCAUUUAUCACCCCGACUGCGACUCCUCUCUCCACCGCUCUCCGCCGUGUGUCUCACGCCUCCACCACCGCGCGUCAUCCGCUCGCUCCUCCUAUGACAAGAAUAGUUAACCUUAUUUAAUUAAUUAAUAAAAAAACUUAUAUCCGCUACGUACGACUGUAGAGGGAUAACUGGCCUGUCAGUACAGUUUGGGCUGGCCAAUGUUCUCCUCCAUCAUCUCUUCGCUGUUGCAAUAAAUGAGAAGUUGAGAUGUAAGAAAGAUACACAGCUUUAAAACGAGGGAGGAAAUUCAGAGUUUCGGAGGAGGAAUUUUGUAAGAGAAAGGUCGAGGAGGAGGUGGAGGAGGAGGAGGAGGUGGAGGUCGGUUUUUUUCUGGAGAGGAGGAAAUGGAGGAUAUACUGGAAGAAGAAAGCGGAGAAGAGGAGGUGUUAGGAUCAAGCUUGACGAUGGAGAAGGUGGCGGCGGCGAAGCAGUACAUAGAGAAUCACUACAGAGCUCAGAUGAAGAAUAUUCAAGAACGAAAAGAGAGACGGUGGAUUUUAGAGAGGAAGUUAGCUGCUUCAGAUGUCCCAAAGGAGGAACAGAUUAAUCUGAUAAAAGAUUUAGAACGAAAAGAGACGGAGUUUAUGAGACUUAAAAGGCACAGGAUUUGUGUUGAUGAUUUUGAGCUUUUGACCAUCAUUGGGAGGGGGGCCUUUGGUGAGGUUCGAUUGUGUCGGGAGAAGAAAUCUGGAAAUAUUUAUGCCAUGAAGAAGUUAAAGAAAUCUGAAAUGCUCAAGAGAGGACAGGUGGAACAUGUUAGAGCUGAGAGGAACUUGCUGGCAGAAGUUGCAAGCCACUGCAUAGUGAAACUUUACUACUCAUUUCAGGAUGCUGAAUACUUAUAUUUGAUCAUGGAAUAUCUUCCGGGCGGUGAUGUGAUGACUCUACUGAUGAGGGAGGACACCUUAAGUGAGAAUGUUGCUAAAUUUUAUAUUGCUCAAAGUGUCUUGGCCAUUGAAUCUAUUCACAAACAUAAUUACAUUCACAGGGACAUUAAGCCUGACAAUCUUCUUCUUGACAAAAAUGGUCAUAUGAAGCUGUCAGAUUUUGGCCUUUGUAAGCCUCUUGAUUGUAGAACGUUACCUGCAAUCCAUGAGAAUAAAACCAUGGAUGAUGAAAAUAUGACGGAACCUAUGGAUAUCGAUGGAUGUUUUCCUGAUGCCGACGAUAAGAGUAGUUGGAGAAGUCCCCGUGAACAACUUCAGCAUUGGCAGAUGAACAGGAGGAAGUUGGCAUUUUCAACUGUGGGAACACCAGACUAUAUAGCUCCUGAAGUGUUACUGAAGAAAGGUUAUGGCAUGGAAUGUGACUGGUGGUCACUAGGAGCAAUAAUGUAUGAAAUGCUUGUUGGAUACCCACCAUUUUAUUCAGAUGACCCUAUUACGACAUGCAGAAAGAUUGUCAAUUGGAGAAAUCAACUAAGAUUUCCAGAAGAUGCAAGGUUAAGUCCCGAGGCAAAAGAUCUUAUCUAUAGGUUGCUGUGUGAUGUUGAACAUAGACUGGGUACUGGAGGUGCACAUGAAAUUAAAGUACAUCCUUGGUUCAAGGACAUUGUCUGGGAUAAACUUUAUGAAAUGGAGGCAGCAUUUAAACCUGAAGUCAAUGGCGAGCUGGACACUCAAAACUUUAUGAAGUUUGAUGAAUUGGAUCCUCCUGCACAAGCAAGAACUGGCUCAGGAUCGUCACGGAAGAUGCUAACGACCAAAGAUUUGAGUUUUGUUGGCUAUACAUACAAGAACUUUGAUGCUGUCAAAGCCCUACAUGGUGAAUCUAGGGCAGGUUAUUCUACCAAGCGGACGACCGAGGAUUCUGAGAUGCAGAUGCUUACGUCGUCAGGUGAUCCCAUGUUGCCAUAAAGUAACAGAAUGGGAACCCUCGUAUGUCUACAUAUAGAUAUAUGCCUGCUCUAAUUCAGUUGUUCCUCCAGAUCUGCAAUGCUAGCACGUUAGCUGCCACACAAUUUCUGCAACAACUUCGUCAUGUGUACAGCAGUGUUUGAGAGACCGAAGUCCAGUUCUCAGUUAAACUGGUAGAACAAGAAAGUCUCGUUUUCUUUUUUAGCUGAAAAGGCUUUGUGUAUUAGAAGUUAGAGCAGAGAGUUCUGAAACUUCAUCAUCCACUGGCUGCCCAGGUUGGCUAUCAUAAAAUUGCCUCCUCUUGUGGCAGUUUCUGGUCAAUUUUUAAAUCAUGACAAACCCUAUAGCCAUUUAUGGCGCAACGAUUCCAGAUUGUUGUGUAAACUUCUAUUGACCAAAAAAAAAUCUAAAUUCAGCUUAUUUAGCUGACCCAUUUGUCUUUUUCCCUCUGCAAAUUGCUUGUGUUCUUAAUCUUGCAUUUUGUAUGUGUAAAAUAUGCGUGUGAGCUUGUAUUGUAUUUAAUUUAAAAUUAAUUGAUAAUAAGUGGUAACUUUCUUU